AAAAAAGGAGCCUUGCACAGUUUUAGUGAUAGAGUUAGUGAAAUAUACAAACUGUGUUUUGGGGGCGGGUUUAUUUGCAGAUAUGGCUGCUUCCUCAACAGUUUUUCUGAAAGACAGCAGCUGCCGGUGUUUGGCUCCAUUGCUAUUGCACCACCAGAGAUGGAUUUGGAUUCAGAAGCCACAGAGGUAUGCUUCAACAGAAGGCUGAUGAAGCAUAUCACAUAGGACCAGCAGCUUCUCAACAAAGCUACCUUUCGCAGGAGAAAAUCAUUCAAGUGGCAAAGAAUUCAGCAGCACAGGCUAUCCAUCCAGGUUAUGGGUUUCUGUCAGAAAAUACAGAAUUUGCAGAGUAUUGCAAGCAGGAAGGAAUUAUAUUUAUUGGACCCCCUUCAUCUGCUAUAAGAGACAUGGGCAUUAAGAGUACAUCAAAGGCAAUUAUGUCCGCUGCUGGUGUUCCAGUAGUCGAAGGCUAUCAUGGUGAUGAGCAAUCUAAUGAACGGUUAAGAAGUGAAGCUGGAAGAAUAGGAUAUCCUGUAAUGAUCAAAGCAGUACGUGGAGGAGGUGGGAAGGGAAUGCGCAUUGCCCGAUCUGAAGCAGAGUUUUUUGACCAGCUAGAAUCUGCACGAAGAGAAGCUAGAAAAUCUUUUAACGAUGAUGCAAUGCUGAUAGAGAAGUUUGUAGACAACCCAAGGCAUGUGGAGGUACAGGUUUUUGGAGACCAACAUGGUAAUGCUGUAUACUUGUUUGAAAGAGACUGCAGUGUUCAGAGAAGACAUCAGAAAAUCAUCGAGGAAGCUCCUGGACCUGGAAUCAGCCAAGAAGUGAGAAGAAGACUUGGAGAAGCAGCAGUUCGAGCGGCAAAAGCUGUAAAUUACGUGGGAGCAGGAACUGUUGAGUUUAUUAUGGACCCAGAACAGAAUUUUUACUUCAUGGAGAUGAACACAAGACUGCAGGUGGAGCACCCAGUUUCUGAAAUGAUCACAGGGACUGAUCUAGUGGAAUGGCAGCUUAGGGUUGCAGCAGGAGAAAGGAUUCCCCUGACCCAGGAAGAAAUCUCACUAAACGGUCAUUCAUUUGAAGCCAGAAUCUAUGCUGAAGACCCCAGCAAUAAUUUUAUGCCUGGUGCAGGACCACUGAAGUACUUGUCUACUCCUUUGGCAGAUGUCUUUACGAGAAUUGAGACUGGAGUUAGACAAGGUGAUGAAGUUUCUGUUCACUAUGAUCCUAUGAUUGCAAAAUUAGUUGUCUGGGGAAAGGAUCGCAGUGCAGCAUUAAGGAAGUUGCGAUACUGCCUCCACCAGUACAAUAUUGUAGGUCUAAACACUAAUAUUGACUUUUUGCUGAACUUGUCAAGCCAUUCAGAGUUUGAAGCAGGUCAUGUGCACACUAACUUCAUCCCUCAGCACUACAAGGAACUGUUUCCUAAGAAGAAGAACACAACUAAAGAAAGUCUAUGUCAGGCAGCUCUGGGCCUUCUGCUUAAGGAAAAACAUGAGACAAACAAAUUUCGAAUGCAGUCCAAUGACCAGUUCUCACCUUUUGCAUCAGGCAGUGGCAGGAGAUUAAAUAAUAUCUACACUCGGAAUCUAACACUAGUGGAUGGUGACACAAAGGUGACCAUUGAUGUUACUUACUGUCCUGAUGGCUCUUAUAGUAUGCAGAUUGAUGGUGAGGUGUUCCAUGUAUCUGGUGGCUUCAUUCAGGAAGGAGAUUCAGAGUAUCUGAUGUGCUCAGUGAAUGGAACUGUUAGCAAGUCUAAAAUGGUGGCCAUGGACAAUACUGUCUACCUCUUCCAAAUGGAAAGCAGUUUUCAGUUGGGCAUUCCUGUACCGAAAUACUUGGCUGGCGUCAGUACUUCUGCUGUACAAGGAGGAGCUGUUGCACCAAUGACUGGAACCAUUGAAAAGGUAUUUGUAAAAGCUGGAGAUAAAGUGCAAGUUGGAGAUCCACUAAUGGUUAUGAUUGCUAUGAAAAUGGAGCACACCAUAAGGGCUCCAAAAGCUGGCAUUGUGAAGAAAGUAUUUUUCAAAGAAGGUUCCCAGGCAAACAGACAUGCUGCACUCAUCGAACUUGAGGAUGAGGAGUCUGAUAACAGCAAAGCUUCCUAGAUGUUAUGUUUUUAAGUUGCACUCUCCACAGCACGCACCUUUAUAUUGACUGGUUACACGAACUGAAUGAUUAUGUGGAAUGGUGCAGCUGAAGUAUAAAUGGACCAUUUUUAAUCUGUAUUGUGUCAAGGAAAUUGCAUUUCCAGGUCACUUGUCAAUUUUGCAAGGUAAUAAAUAGUGUGAUAUUUAUUACCUGAUCUUGCAUUUGAAUGCACUUUGCAUUUCCUGUAUUAAAUAAUUAGGUUCUACUAUGAACAGAGCAGAGGAUGAAAUAACUUCA